CAAUCCGUACCAUUAAACGACAACAAUCGCAAAUUAUUGAAAAUAGAGGUGUAACCGGUAAAAGAGUUACCUUAAGGAUGCCUAUAGAUAGUGUUGAACUUAAAGUAUCUAUAAAAGUUUUGGGUUAUAUACUUGUUUUUAUAUUACAAUGGAUUCCUGCCAUACCGUAUGAUAUAUAUCAAUUUAACGGACGCGCCGCUCCUUGGGUUUAUUGCAUGGUUAUUGCAUCUGUUAAUUCAGGUGUAAGUUGGAGUCGUUAUGGAAGCUCCAAUUCUUCCUCAUCUCAUGAACAAUUCAUAGAUGGUAGUAAAGCUUCUUCGGCAACCCUUAAUCAUAGUAAUAAUCAUGUUAAAUCUAUCGAUAUUGAAAAUGGAUCUCCUGAUAUUAACAGAAAUUAA